CUCCUUUCCUCUUGACCCCCACAUUCCGACCAUGAAGAUUCAGAAGAAAUUCUACACAGGCAUACCGAUACCCUAUACGUCCACGGAAGCCUUCACACCGCCUCGUCCCCAUUAUCCUUCUUUGAUAGCCCACCUACACCCCCACCGACCACUCCGAGGAAUGCAAACAUUGUCCGCUUCGCCGCUGAGAGCAAGGGUCUUGGAAGUGCUCUCUGUGGAUUCGACUGUCGUCAGGCGUGGCUGGGAGGGUGCUUAUUCUGUGGGCGUCGAUGUGAGGGUCGGUCGACGAGAGGGCAAGAGCCGGGAGCGGAAGGGCAGGAAGCUCAUUUUGGAUGUCGGCGGGUACGGGAUACCAAAAAGGUGUAUGUCGGGAUCUGUAGGUGGGAAGGCAGUCAUGGUCGGCGAGGAUGCUUUCUUUGUGAGAAGGAACGCGAUGGGUGUCGCCGACGGUGUUGGUGGUUGGGCAAGGGGACAGUCCAUUCCGGGCCCCACGCCGUCUGCGUUGUUUGCUCAUCGAUUAAUGCAUUUCUGCUCCGAGGAGAUGGAGCUCGAGCCUCCCAAGCCGAGCACGUUUAUUCCGUCCGUCAGUUUUGCUAGACGAGAGUUGCAGGAGGAACUCGAGGAAGAAUUGGAAGAGCUCGAAGAAGGCAUAGACGUGCUGAUGAUACUCGAACGGGCUUACGAAAAGACUAUCAAAGCACAUGUAGAAAAAGAACAGCCGGUAUUAUAUUCACCGUUUACACCCCCACCUCCGCCCGAUACCCUCACAUCUCCGAUAAUACCCCCAGAUCCAACACCCAAGCCUCUGCUCGCUGGUUCAUCAACCGCCCUGCUCGCCGUACUCGACCACGUAAACAACGGUGAGGCAGUCGUCAAAAUUGCCCACGUUGGUGACUGCAUGGGAAUGCUCGUCCGUGGCACAGAAUGCGUCUGGAGGAGCGACGAAAUGUGGUGGAGUUUUAAUACCCCCGUCCAGCUCGGACCCACAACCCCAGCACAGCCGAGUACGACGGCCCAUGUGUUCACGCUCCCCGUGCAAGAGGACGAUAUACUCAUCCUGGCGACGGACGGCCUGAGCGAUAACCUCUGGGACGAGGAUGUCUUGGACGAGGUGGCGCGUUUCCGGAGUGAGUGGAGUGCGCAUGGUGAGGAGGGCGGGCGCGAUAUGCUCGCUGCGGGGAUGUUGAGCGAGGCGCUGUGUUCUCGGGCGAAGCGGGUUGCUAAGGAUGGUGAGGGUGAUACACCGUUUGGGAGACGGGCGAGGGAGGAGGGGAGGAAGUGGAGAGGGGGGAAGAAUGAUGAUAUUAGUGUGGUGGUUGCAGUUAUUUCGAGGGCGGGCGAGAGGCGUUAGCCUUUUUAUGAUAAAAUGUACCAGUAGAUGAUGAUCUUUUUAUGUAUUAGAUAGGAUGUACAACUACUAAUUAAAAUCAGCAUGACACGGA